AUGAUUGGUCUCUGGUAUAUUUCGUUUGCCUCGUUCUUUCUUGGCGGAAUUGUAGAACAAGGACAAGGUAUGUUGUGUAAAUAUUAAAAUGCUUUUUGCAACUUUUGCAUGUUUGGUUUAUGAAAUUAUGCACCAUGGGCUUUUGAUAAAGUUUGUGAAAUAUAGCAUUUAUAUUCUUUAUUUGCACGUUUAUUAUUCUUUAUUAGGCAAGGCCGGAUUCCACGAGCGAUUUUUCUGAGCGAAAAAAAUUCGCGUGAAAUGAGUUAAUGCAUGCACAGUAAAUUUACUAAUGAAGCUUUGCGAGACAAAAAUCGCGAGUGAGUGUCCGAGUUGCUCUGACUGCGAUGCGAAAAUUCAAUAGAGUCAUUCAUGCAGUGCGACAUUUGUAUUUCGCAGACACAAUUUCUGGCGAUGAAGUACUCUCUUGGAGUCACGCCUUCAGAGAGAAAAAUGCAUGGUAUAUUUUAACAGAUAUAAAUAUUCUUUCCUAUGCACCCUAAUAAAAUUUCUAGUUGGCCUUGGCAGAUCAGUGGCUCGUGUGACUGCAGGAAAUGGGACAGACUUUGGGCAGACCAAAUGUUUUUAAAGUUGUGAAUGUGUUUUAAAACAUGUCUCGUGGUCGGGAAAGUGGGACUGAAACCCCAGCACCGAAAUGCAGGAUUUCGCCAUUCCUAUGAGCUUAUAUUUCACAUUUUUUCUCAAAUGCUUCUGGAAGGCCAUGAUUGCAUGCGUUAAAGUAUAGCAUGAGAAAAUUUCAAUUUUCUAUUAACAUGUUGUGUGAGUAUUGAAUGUACCUGGAAUGAUUCAUGAAAAGUUUAAGUGAGUGAAGGUCCUUGGUGAGGAGGUUUAUAGUACACCUUAAUUGUGUGUAGGAACGGUUGGCAAUAAUUAAUGUUCCGUGUUCAUAAAUUCUAAGUAGUUGACGAUUGAAAUCACUAGGCCCCAAGCGUUUGUCCGGAAAUGUUUCUGGGCGGCUCCGACUGCACGGUCAAUGUGGUACGAGGAAAUUAAGAUGCCACUUGCGUGAGUGUGCUUCCAGAAAUGAUUAAGAAAGUGAAAGCACGUUGAGUGAAAGUGUUUUGUGAGGAAGUUAGUUUGGACGAAUGCACUCUUGUGUGUAGGAACGGUUGGCAACAAUCUGUUCAUAGUCUUCAUAAAUUCCUCCAAACUUUUAAUUGUCAUAUAUUUCGCUUAUUUGUAAAGUAACAUAUAUAAAUAUGUACACAGGAUGGCGAUGGUAAACGUAGGCAAUUAACGCAAUUACUACAAAUACACAUCUUUACUAUUCAAUUCCGCUGCACCAGAAUCGCUGGGCCGCAAGUGUGAUUCCUGCCAGAGGGCUUAUAUAUAGACUAUAGACUAUAGUUGCAUUUUUCGCAACUGCUCCUGGCUAGAUCUAAUAAAUGUAUAAAAUUCACAAUUUCCAUCUGCAAAAUUCUCCUACAAGAUGUAGUUUGUAGAUGCCAAAGCUAGAUACAGGGCGCACAGAUAUUCCUGAGUCAAGUAGUCUUCCAGAAUGAAGGAUUUCCCCCUUCCCCCUAUUACUAGGGCGCCAAGAUUUCGCCCCGGGCCCUCAAAUGUUUCUGGCGGCUCUUGGCUACACGCGUUAAUGUGGUCUGAAAAACUUCCUGCAAAGAUUCGAGAAAAGAUUAAGAAAGUGACAGCACGUUGUGUGAUGAUCCUCUAUCAGGAAGUGAGUUGGCAUGAAUACACUCUUUCUGUUUUAUUAAAAUUCAUGCUCAUUACAAUAUUCUUACUGCGUGUCUAAAUUCUUGUUUUAAACAUAUUCUACUGUAGUAUCACAAAUACUAAAGCCGGUUUUCAUUAGGCGGAAUUUUGCGCGCGGAGCGGAAUUUUUCUUUGUCUUGUGAUUUCUCCGGUGGAUUAGAAAAGACAAAGAAAAAAUCCGCUCCGCGCGGAAAAUUCCACCUAGUGGAAAACGGCCUUAUACAGAAGUGAGAUUGAAUUUUGAACCUUGUACAUUAUUAAACAUAUGGCGUUACCGUAGUCCAUAAAAAAGAAUUAUAAUGUUGAUGAACUUCAUCCUUUAUAAUUUUAAUUUUCUUUAAAACUUCUUAGUCUUCUGUAUAUUCUUAAUACAUUCUCAAAAAAUUUCGUAAAUUCACUUGUAGAGUACUGACUAUUAUAGACAAUUCCCUGUCACUGGGUCAUGGUUAAAACAAAUCCUCCAUUCCUCCAACACAACUGCAUGCAAAUAACAUAGGGUCAUAAAUAAAAAAUAUUUGAUAUAUGUAAUACCAUAGAUAAUAAAAUUAAUUUAUUUUACAACCAUGGUGAUACAUAUAAUUCAUAUAACACUCUGAACGCUCGAAAAAUCGUAUUUCCAAACAAGGAAAAGUCUGUUGAAGUUUGUCUAUAACAUCUCAAAAAUGAGAUUUUUUAGGAAGGAUACGAUUUUAAAGUUGGUUUCAUUUAUGAAUUAUGGACGCUUUUUACUGAUCUGCAUGUGGGCUUUUAAUUAUCAUUUUCCAAACUACGCUGUCUCGCUGACUAAUUUCGUAUGUUUUUCUCAUGAAUUAUCAAUGAACUUGAGAAGUGAUUGUGACAAACGAACUAUGAUCAAUGCAUGGAUUAGGUCCUCCCAAACUAUCUCGACAGCCCUGGGCCCCUGACAGAGAACAGCCAGGUUCGUUGAAUAACGGUUCAAAUUCGGCUUGAGUCCACGUUGCCAAUACAGUGUUGACUAUGCUGGGUUUCUAUACUAUGAAUGCAUAUAAAUGAGUGCAUAUAUUUAACAUUUCAUAAUUAUCGUGAAAUUUAAUUUGGCUGGAAAUUUUUUUUAUUAAUUUUAUAUUUGAUUAAUGGUUGGCGCAAUUUUGUUUUUAUUACGUGGGACUAGACGUCAAGUGUUUAUUGUCGAUUUCCUGCAGAAAAUGUCGAUUUAUCACACAAGAGUUUAUCAUUAGGGAUUUUAUCGCAAUAAGUGAAACUUUCAAUUUGUUCAAAACCUUUGUCUUUGAAUUUCUAAAUCACCUCACUGCGUGUAUAUUUUGUGAUAUUUCAUUCUUUUUAUUCGCCUUAGUCCUUGAUGGCGACGGCUGCUCUGGUUGAUACAGAGGUUGAUGCCAAUACAUUCUGUAUCUCGUUUUACAAUAUUUCUCAUCCUUUGUCUCCAAAUUAUUUGUCGUUUUUCUACUGAAUGUCUCUAAGCUCACCUGACUAGAUCUUCCUCUACACUCUAUCCUGGCCAUCCUUUUCUCUUAUGUUUACCACCCUCGGGUCUAUUUUCACCAUAUUUCUCCGUCUCAUCUUCUGUCUCCAAAUUAUUUGCCGUCUUUCUCUGACUGGAUCUGAUCCUGGACAUCCUCUUCUCUUAGGGGCCGAUUACAUGGAGAAUUUUCAACCCCGGGGUUGAACUCAGCCCUGUUGACCGGGUUGAAAUUUUUUGCCAUUACAUGGACGAUUUCAACCCCAGGGUUGAAACGUUAUACUAUACGUUCUCGGCAUCGAUUCGUGGAAGUAAAAAAAGCCUGUAUUUUGUUUUCUUGUAAUAAACAGUCACUACCACGUAUGCUCGAAUAAGUCAUGAUAAUUUCAGCCCUGGGUUGAAACGAUUACAUAACAAAAUUUUCAACCCAGGGCUGAGUUCAACCCCGGGGUUGAAAUUUCAACCCCCGGGGUUGAACUCAGCCCUGGGUUAAAACUUUUGUCAUGUAAUCGCGCGUUUGAUUUUGAUAGAGUUUUGUAUUACAGACAGGGCUGAAAUUUCAACCCGGUAAACAGGGCUGAGUUCAACCCCGGGGUUGAAAAUGCUCCAUGUAAUCGGCCCCUUAGAUGAAGUACCUUCAGAACGUUUUUUUGAGGAUAUCUCUUCCUCUCUCUCCCGACUGUUCGUCAUCCUUCCGUUCGCACGACCGAAUUCUUGCUACUCGUAUGUUCUCUGACAUGGCACCAACGCCAACUUCCCCUCUCCCCUCCCCCACGACCUCACUAACUUGUAUAAACCAAACUCUUCUUCAUAACUUUUCUUCAAUUUUUUCACCAUAGGCAAGCUGACAACAGACGGUGAUAUUAUACUGGGUGCUUUAUUUCCAAUACACAUGAUUGGAAACACUGAAAGAAAUUGCGGAGUCUUCAACGAGCUAGUAGGUUACCAGUACAUGGAAGCCAUGCUCUACGCCAUGGACAAGAUCAACAAUCGAACCGAUAUUCUACCUGGAAUCAAACUUGGCGCCAUCAUUUACGACACUUGCCGAAGCCCGACAAUCACUGCCGACAAAACAAAAGAAUUCAUUAAAGUGACUCUACAACCUCCCAAGGUCAACGGCUCGGAAUUUGCCGGCGUUAUCGGCGCAUUUAAAAGCGGUAAUUCGGUGCUUGCUGCCAACUUUUUGCGCGUAUUUCGCAUCCCACAGAUAAGUUACGGAUCUCUGUCAGUAAAACUAAGCAACAAGAAUGUGUUCAAUUAUUUUCUUCGAACCGUACCGCCUGACAGUUUCUUCGCAGCAGCAUUGGUUAAGCUACUCGUGAGAAUGGGUUGGUCGUACGUUUCCGUUGUAUUCUCGACCGGAACUUGGCCGGAGACUGGGGCACAGGAAGUGGAAAAGGCUUUAGAACGUAGCAAGGUAAAGCAUAAUAAAGAUAAUGCCGACGUUGCCGAAAUCUGGCAGCUGCGGCUUGAAGGAUAUACAAAUAUAAAUUAGUUCGAAAAUUGAUCAUUAACGACCUUACGAUGUGACAAAACAAAACUGCCAUUUUGGUGAACGCUGAACGUAAAUGCUUGCUCUCGUCGACAUUUCUAAAGUUGACUACCUUCUGCUGCCCACAAUACUUCAGUUCACCAAUACAGAUCAGCAUACAGUAGAGUUGUGCCCUGCCAGGGACCUGUACUUGCAUUCUUUCGCAGCUGUUCCUGGUUAGGUGUAAUAAAUAUAUAUAAAUUUCCACUCGAUAAUUUCCGUCUACAACUUUUUUGUGCCAAUACACCCAUCCAGAAAGUCACUUAGACCAUAGAGCCUCGCUGUCGUGUGACGUUAAAGUCCAACGUCAAUCACGAAAAUGAGGCUCUAUGGCCAAGGUGUAUUUUCGACGGACAAACAUAAUCUCCUUUACAGAUCUGUGUUGGGAAGAGUAUCAAACUAUCUCGCUUUCCUAAACAUGAAGAAUUUGUUAAGACUAUUAACUCGUUAACCAGUGAUGAUGGACAGCCAAACAUAGUGAUUCUCGUCACCAUUCAACGCGAUUCACAUGGACUCCUGAAGGCCAAAAAGAAAAACCCGCGUGGUUCGAGACUGUCCCUCGUGGGAAGUCUCGAGUGGAGUAACCGCAGGGAUAUCACGCAAGGUGUGGAGGACAUAGCGGACGGAACAAUCGCAUUCGGACAUCGAGAAGGAACGAUUCCUGAGUUCGAGGAAUACUUUCAAAGUCUGACGUUCAACAACUACAGCAGAAAUAAUAAAGAGUGGGUCGGAGAAUAUUGGCAGAUGACGUACAAGUGUAAAUUAAAAAAUUUUUCAAAGCCAACAAAUUAUACCAAGGAAUGCACGGGAAAUGAACCGAACACAGGGUAGAGUUUUCUUUAUUUUGUCUGAGCCCUGCAUAUGAUUACGGGUCGAUGUAGACUAGCCAGGAUUGAUAGUAUUACCCACGUAAAAACGCACAAUUGUAAACAAACCUGCAGCAGACUUGCAGCAAUACUGUUCCAACAACUUGUCAUCAGAAUGUGUUCGGCUUGUUGACAACUUGCUACAAGGUUGUUGAGCUCAACAGACUUGUUACAAGUUGUUCCCAACAACUUGUUGUCGUCCUGCAAUUCAACAGUUUGGCAACAAGUUGUGGGUAAGAACUUGAUAAAAUAACAACAUUGUUACAACUUGGUGACAAGGUUGCUACAAGCCUGUUGCAAACACGUCUUGUUGACAAGUUGUGAGAUUUUUACGUAUGUACUAGUGUGAAGGAAUAGAAUGUGGGGUUGUGACGAUUAUUAAAAAUAGCUCCAGCAAAAACAUUUUCAAUACGCAUUGGUUUAUACUUAAAUAUGUCAAUUUAAUAUUAAAUAUACGGGCGUAAUAAACAUAAACAUAUUAUUUUUCAGGUACAAAGAGCUCGCGCCAGUCCAAGUGGUAAUCAACGCGGUUCAAGCAAUGGCGAAUGGCCUUGAUGCGUUACAGAAACACUUGUGCCCUAAUACAACCAAAAUCUGCGACGAGAUGCGGCCGUUGAACCGACCUUUGCUGUUGGAAUUUCUACGCAAUGUAACUUACAAAGAUGCCGCAUUUCAUUUCCCUGUGUCGUUUAAUGCGAAACAAGAAGUGGAUGGGAACUACACUAUAUAUAAUUUUCGUUGGAAUAACGGAUCCUAUGAAUACAUCCAUGUCGGAUCCUGGGUUAGUAAACUAGAUUCUCAAGGUAAUAUAACGGGCACCCUGUCGCUUGACGAUUCAAAAAUACGCUGGGCAAAUGGAAGUAAGACAGUACCGUUGUCUACAUGUAGACCAGAAUGCGCGCGCAAUGAGAUUAUCAACGUCCUCAAAGACAAAUGUUGUUAUAAAUGUCACACGUGCGGAACUAAUGAUAUAGUCGUGGACAACACGUGCAACACAUGUGGCGAAGGUUAUGUUCCAGACUUGAACGUUUCGAUGUGUAUGAAGCUUCCUUUGAAGUAUGUCAACGUGGACACUGUCCUUGCAGGACUCUUGGUGUUCUUCGCUUGCCUCGGCAUGCUCACUGAUGCAAUUGUUUUUGCAAUAUUCUUGAAAAAUUCAAACAACAAACUCAUCAAAGCGUCAGGUCGUGAGAUGUGUUACUUAAUGUUUGCCGGUAUCUGUGCAGUCUUCAUAGUGCCUUUGGCCUCGCUAUCGAAACCCACGGAAGGACUGUGUUAUUUCCAACGUUUUAUAAUGGGUCUUUCAUUCACGGUUUGUUACGCUCCGCUUCUGAUGAAAACGUUCCGGAUUCAUCGAAUCUUCGCCAAUCAGCUUCGUCGAUUGACAUCGAGCAAUUUGAUUGGUCGACGGUCUCUUCUGAUUAUCACGACAGGCCUCAUUGCAGUCCAGGUAUUGUUCUGCGUGCUCGUCUUCACCUCAGAUCCACCAACAUUGCUGGAGAAGUUUUACCCUCAACGAAACGAGUUAGUACUCGAGUGUGAAUUCAAGAAGACAACCUUUGCGAUAUACUUCACGUAUAAUGCUGUGUUGAUAGUCUGGUGCACUUUCUACGCUUUCCGUACUCGCCAUUUUCCCAAGAAUUUCAACGAAGCCAUGUACAUUGGGAUUACAAUGUAUCUGACAUGCGUAGUCUGGGUGGUCUUCUUUGCGACGUUUCUCAACGCAGAUUACAGUAUUUCCCGCGUUUAUUGGCUAUCUGCAACAAGCCUUGUGAUUGGUUGGAUUACCCUCUUGGGACUGUUCGCGCCAAAAGUUUACCAGUUGUACACAAAGAGAGAGUUCCCACGAGGAAUGUUGAUGACAUGGGGCGAUACGUCGUUUCCGAAUGUGGAAAGUUCCGUGGAUAUUGUUAACACAUGUCACCGUUGCCGCGACACGGAUGAGCAGGAGAAAGGCAGCCAGGGAUCACGUGACGAGGGAUCACGUGACGAGGGAUCACCUGACGAGGGAUCACCUGACGAGGGAUCACAUGAUAACAAAUCACGUGAUAUCCCUCUUAAAUCCACUGGUGAAAGUGGUUUUGUGAAUUCUGCAAGCGAAUGAUAUAUUGACAAUGUAGAUACAGAUUAUGGGAAUAUGGGAUGAUAAUAAUAAUAAUAAUAAUAGUUUGAUAAUGUUAACAUGUACACAUUGCAGUCAAUAGACUGAAUUACGUGCAAAGUGACAAUAAGCAGUACAUUAUAUGUUUAAAAUAUACAUUUACAUUUUAUAAAAUUUACGUAUGGCCAAUAGGAUAUUGAGUAUAGCCUAUAGAAUAAGGAGUAGGGUGUAGCCUAUAAGAUAUAGGAUUUUAUCCCUAGGAUAUAGAUUAUAUAACUCAACAGUUUUGGUAUAGAUAUGCGAAUGAUUCAGAUCUAUUUUUGAUUAAUAUUUUGUCAAAGGGCACUCAUCAUUAAUUUUUUUCAUAACAGCAAGAGAUCUUAAAACACGCGGCAUAUGAAAGAAGUGAAUUAUCUCGGCAAGGAUCUUUACUGUUCUGACGACUUUUUCAAAAUAGGUUAACAAAAAAGGGUCAUGUCACCUUUGAUCUUUUGCGAUAUACUUAUAACGACGGCGCCUUGUGUUGUGUCUUUGAAUGAGGCCAAGAGCUACAAUGUUUCAUAUUUUUUAAUAUUUUUAUAAUUUUUAUAUUAAAAAUUACCGCCUAUAAGUUAAGCUUUAUUUUCAACAGUAGCUCUUGGCCUCAUUCGAACCGACUCAACACUCAUAGAUAUAUUGUUACUGAAGGACAACUUUGUACGUUUAUACAGUGCCUUGUGAUUUCAAUCGAUAGAUUUCUCAAUAAAAUAAUGUUUCGCACAUACAAGCACACUGAUUGGCUAACCCCAUGUUUAUACUGUAUAUAACCAAUAAAAACGCGUUUUUUUUACCGCCAGGUUUUUUGAAAAUUAGAUUA